GGCGAGGGGGUGACAAGAUGGCGGCGGAGCCGGUGGAGCUGCACAAGCUGAAGCUGGCAGAGCUGAAGCAGGAGUGCCUGGCGCGGGGCCUGGAGGCCAAGGGCAACAAGCAGGACCUGAUCCACCGCCUGCAGGCCUACCUGGAGGAGCACGCCGAGGAGGAGCCCAACGAGGAGGACGUGCUGGGAGAGGAGAUCGAGGAGGAGGAGCCGAAGGCGCCGGAGCCGCCGGCCGUGGUUGAGGAGGCGCCGGCGAAAUCUCCGGAAUUGAUCCAGGAGAAGAAAGUGGUGAAAAUCAACUCAGAAAUCUCCCAGAUGGAGAGGAUGCAGAAAAGGGCCGAGAGGUUCAACGUCCCCGUCAGCCUGGAGAGCAAAAAGGCAGCGAGGGCAGCGCGGUUUGGCUUGGCCACAAUUCCCACAAAAGGGCUCUCAGGAGACUCCAAACCCACGAUAAACCUGGAAAAGCUCAAGGAAAGGGCCCAGAGGUUCGGCCUCAACGUCUCCUCCCUCUCCAGGAAGAGUGAGGAGGAUGAGAAGCUGAAGAAGAGGAAGGAAAGGUUCGGGAUCGUCACCGGGGCCGGCGCCGCCGAGGACUCCGAGGCAAAGAAGCGGAAAAGGGCGGAAAGGUUCGGGAUCGUCUGAGCUGCUCCGGCCUCUCCUCAGGUGGGCCUUGCCUGAACCCUUCCCCUGUUGAAGACUGGAGGUGCCAGGAUUUGGAAUUUCGGGAAUCUCAUCCCGGAGCCGUGGGAGCGCCGGGGCCAUUCCCAGCCCCAGAGAUUCUAUUUUUUUGGGAAUUUUCCAUUUCCCAUCCUCGGGAAUCUCAGAAAUUCCCAGGAUGCUCCUUCUUCCCAUCCCCAAAAAUCCUCCGUUUUUUCCCCGUUUUUUUUUUUUUCCCGGUUUUUUUCCCAGGUUUUGUAUUCCCGGUUUUUUGUAUUUUCCCGGUUUUUCCCCCUCGGAAGGGUCAGCACUGCCCUCAUCCCACAUUUCCCAAUAAAAAUUUUCCCUUUUCCAAGGAAA